AUGACAACACAUAAUCUUUUACGUGAAUCAGUCCUGUUAAAAUUAGUGCAAGGUGAAGAGAAAAUCGAUCGGAAUGCGAUUGUUAAGUCUCUUAGUCAAAUAAUUCAGGCAUCAGAUAUCGAUUCAUUGGGAAAUCUUGGUGAUGUAACUGAAUGGUAUGUGAUAUGUAAAUCGUCAACAGCACGUGAAGAAUUAAUAAAAAAAGGUGAACUGAUAGUUGAUGAACAAACAUUUAUUAUAAGUGAACCUUACAAGAAUAUUAAGAUGAUUAGGCUUGUUAAUUUACCACCAGCGGUGCCUGACGAUGAAAUUAAAUCUAUUGCAUCGAGAUGGGGUGGUGAAGUAAUUAAUAUUGAGCAUGAAAGAAUGCCACAUCCUUUCAAUGAUAUUAAAACAUUUGUCCGACGAAUACGAAUUCGUUUUUCUUGUCGUCAAGAUGAAGAAAAUGUUCCUCUAAGUAUUAAAUAUAGAGGUUUAAAUGUACAAAUUUAUCUCGAAGGGAGGAAGAAGGUAUGUUAUAGGUGCAAGAAAGAAGGUCAUGUUAAAGCUGAAUGUUCAGUACCAGUGUGUCAGAAAUGUCGUGGUGUAGGACAUGAUGAUUCUGGUUGUCAAUUUGGUCGAUUAAGACAAACAUAUGCCGUUACAUUGCUUUCAUCUCCAUUUAACGGAGAUACCACUCCUCUAUUAAAUGAACAAAGGAGUGGUACCCAGGUCAAACUCACCCUAUCGGAUCCGAUGGGAAUUCGCCGGAAGUUGCCGGAAUCCUAG